CAAUGAAAGUCGAGGAAAAGAAUGUGCGAUGUGGGGAACUGGGAGCAAUCGCUCCCUCCCAGAUAUGCUCACCGCCGACACUGUCCCCUUUUCUCAUCGCCCAGCGACCUCGUCGUUUUAUUUUCAUGUCAAGCGGAGCAGCAUCACACACCUACCCACCGACACCCAUACAAGUCAUGAGUUUUCAGCGUUUGUAGGGAUUAACUACUAGCGAACCAAUCUUUUGUCAAACAGCAUUUCUUGACGAUAUUUUGCACUUCAUCCAUUGAUUCAGUCGUUCGAGAUGGAUUUGACUGCAUUUUUAGUCGCUAUUUUUUUUUCAGCGUGCCUACAGGCUGUGGAUGGGCUUCUCGUCCCAGCCAACAAGUUCAUCGAUCUCGCGCUCCCUUCCUACGACUACAUUGUUGUCGGUGGCGGUGUUUCCGGCCUCGUUGUAGCCAAUCGACUCACCGAGAACAAAAAUGUGACUGUUCUUGUUCUCGAGGCUGGCGAGUUAGACUCAGGCCCGGACCUCGUCACUAUCCCCGGACUUGUCGGCCACGGUUUCAUUCCGUCUCAGAACUGGAACAUCACCACCGCACCACAGGAAUCCUUAGACAACCGUACUCGGGACUACGGCCAGGGUCAUGUUGUUGGAGGUGGUAGCAUCCUCAAUGGUCUCGUCAUGACCCGCGGAGCCAGGUACGAUUAUGAUGCCUGGCGUACGCUGGGGAAUCCCGGCUGGAGUUGGCACGGAAUGCUUCGUUACUUCAAAAAGAGCGAGAACUUUACUGCCUGUGUGGCUCCAGAAGACAGUCAAAAUCUUCAUAUUCGACCACAUAUGAAAGUUCACGGCCAGAAAGGUCCCUUGCAAGUAGGCUACCCGAGAUUCUUUUAUAAUUCAUCUCGUAACUUCCUCGAGGGCAUCUCUGAGCUCGGGAUCCCGCUCCUUCCCGACAUCAAUACCGGUAUUGCAGCAGGCGCUUCGGUUGCCCCAGCUACUAUCAACGAUCGUAACCAGUCACGAGCGGACAGCCGAAGGGCGUAUCUGGACAGUGUCCUAAGUCGCCCAAACCUGCAUUUGGCGACCCAGCAGACCGUCACUCGCGUCCUCUUCGGGACUGAGGCUAUUGAUGAAGACUCCGAACGGCCUGCUAAGGGUCUCAAGAGAGCAUUUGGGGUUGAGUUCGCAACAUCGUUUGACUCCCCACGGAAGAGAAUGGCAUGCAAUAGGGAGGUGAUCCUAGCAGCGGGGGCUAUCAUUUCACCAGCGUUACUGCAAGUGUCUGGCAUAGGUCCAGCUUCCGUUCUGGAUGAACUGGGUGUACCUGUUCAGAUCGACCUGCCGGGGGUUGGCCAGAACCUCCAAGAUCACGCAAUGGUCGGCGCGUUUUACAACUACACUCGUUUUGGAAUGUUUACGGCGAACAACCUCACUGGCAGUAUUCUUGAGGAAGUUGAGAGCCAAUACUUUGCCAACCGAACAGGUCCCCUGACGCACCCACUAAUCUCAACUCUCGCGUUUGCCUCUCUCCGACAUCUCGAUACGAACUGGGAAACCCUCUUAUCGAACAUACCUAGUUCCGAACCCGAGUCUCACCUCCCUCCUGGACCAGGUCAACACCCAACGAUCCUGACAGGCUAUGCCCGUCAACAACACCUCCUUACCUCCCUCCUCGCCCGCUCAAGUGUGGGUGCGCUCGAGGUGAUGGCAGACAGCAUCGGUACUUUAACAGCAGCAGUUCAGCAUCCUUUGAGCAGAGGUUUUGUCCGGGCAUUGUCUGCCGACCUCCUCGCUAACGGCUCCGUGGCCCGAAAUAUUCUUCUCGACCCGCGCUAUUGUUCACACCCAUUCGACUGCGACAUCAUUGUGCGCGGUCUCAAGCUUAAUAAUCAGUUAGUCAAGACAAAGGCCAUGCAGCAGCUCGUCCCUCAGCCCGCGUACCCUUGGGAUGAUCUUACCAGCCAGAAUGAUACAGCUCUAUUGGAGGCAGUUCACUCCAAGCUGCAAACCGAGUUUCAUCCUGCCGGAUCAACAUCAAUGCUACCUUUGGAGUUUGGGGGAGUCGUGAGCCCGCGGUUGAUGGUGUACGGGGCAUCGAACUUGAGGGUUAUCGAUGCUGGUAUUAUACCUUUGUUACCGGCUGCUCACAUCCAGGCAGCUGUGUAUGCUAUCGCUGAAAAGGCAGCAGAUAUCAUCAAACAAGACAGCAGCACCAUGAGCGGCUCGGACCCCAACGAUAGUGAUGUAACACCGCCAUCAAACCCCUUUACGAAUGGUCCUCCAGGCCUUGGACCUGGUAUCGCGGAGGGUCCCGGAGUUGCAGGGCGCGUCAAUGAUGACCAUGGUCGUCCCUACCAGUCCUGAGAGGCAUGCAUACCACUCAACUUUUCAUGAGCUUUGCUUCAUUUGUUUUGUUGCAUUUUUUGUGCUCAUCAAUUUGUCAUUAUCAAGGACGUGUACAAUACUACACACGGGAUAAUUUGGUAGCAAAGUACAUGUUCUGAGAAUCAGAAAGAUUUCUCCCCGGG